ACACUCAAUCUCACACACACACACUCAAUCUCACACACACACUCACACUCAAUCUCACACACACUCAAACACACACACACUCAAUGUCACUCACACACACUCAGACACUCACACUCGACGCACAUGACAGGCGGCCAGCAAAGUGAGGCGAGCGACUGGGAGACUGAGCGGAGUCCGUGACGAGUGGCAGGAGAUCCUCACGACCCCCUGGACAGCGAUGCUCCGUCUGUUUCUCAUGAUGCUUUUCCCGCAGCAACUGUCCUCCGCCGGGGAGUGCGGCGAUGGAUUCUACAAAACACCGCAAGGAGUUUGCUGUGAGCUGUGCCGUGCAGGGAUGUACAAGAUGUCGGACUGCAUAGCUAAUGGUCGUGCUGCCAUGUGUGAGUCGUGCCCUAAGGGCACAUUCAUGGACAGAGACAACCAGGAGAAGGUGUGCUCGUGGUGCAGCAGCUGUGGACCAGGCGAGGAGGCGGCUGUGAACUGCUCCGUGGCCCAGGACACGGUGUGUCGGUGCGCAGAGGGCCUCAAGAGAGACGACGACUUGGGAAUUUGUGUGCCUCAGGAGUUGCAAACCCCAGGUAACUCCACGUCAGUCGUGUUGGCGGCAGUCCUCAUCUUCGUCGUGACUGCACUCGUGUUGCUCAUAGUUUACUUCAACAUGAAGCAGAAGGGGUUGACUUUAAAAACGAUGGUGAAGCGAUCAGACACUCAUACAAAUAACGAGCAUGAUGAAAAUCUACCGCUUGUUAUCGUGCAAAAUGAACACAAGGUGCCAUAUGGAGGUCAGAGGAGCAAUGAGAGCAGCGAGACAAUGCAACAGAUCCGAGAGAACAAAGAGAAACUCAAGGCCUGGAUCGGAGCGGAUCCCUCGGCUUUCCUGGAGCAUCUCAACGGCUUCAAAUUGAUUCCACGACACGUGCACCAAGCGGCCAUCGACAAGGGCGGAGAGGAGAGUGUGGAGCUCGUUCUGGACCACUUCCUCAGCCAGGGAGAGGCACGCUGUGAGACGCUGUGGGACGCCCUCUACUCUGUGAGGAAGCAAUACGUGCAGCUGUGGAAGUGGAUUCAGUCACACGGCGAGGCGUUGAGGGCCAUUCGAGAUAAGGAGUCGGAUCUGAAGCUCUGGAUCGCCAGAGAACCCAAGCAUCUUCUGCUGCAGCUGAUGAGUCGGGGACGGAUCCCGAACGAGCUCUUCACCGAGGCCAAGGGCAUCCGGGAUGGCGUGGAGUGCACGGAGCUGCUGCUCAACUUCUUCAAAGAGAGAGGGAAUGACGACUGCCUCAAGCUGCUCUUUGCCCUGCAGGCCGUGCAGAACGAGUAUCCUGGACUCAAGGAGUGGCUGGGAGGCCUUGACUUCCUCCGGAGACUCUCCAACAAGUCCCCCCUGGUUCUGAACAAGUACAACGACUUUGUCCUCCGAGACAAAAUCCGCUUCAAGACGAGGGAGCUCCUCGUGGCACUGCACGACGACCUGACGCCUCUGCUCUCCCAACUGCAGAUCAGGAACAUCCUCACCGACAACAGCGUGCGGGCCGUGAAGGAGAUGCAAGCUCGGCAAGGCAGCGAGAAGGCGACACAGCACAUGGUGGAGCUGGUGAUGGCGAGGGGGCGACCCAGGGUCAAGCAGUUCUGGGAGGCGCUGUGGGACCUCAGGGAAAGUUACCCAGACCUGGAGAACGUCUUUGAGAAGUUCUAAUGGGUGGAACCGGAGAGCGAGAGGGGAAGACCUAACGGAGAAUGGCUUGACGAUGACCUCAUAACGAGAUUGGUGCCAGAAAGAUGAUGCGGCCACUACUUUAGCAUAUUGGCACGACAAGACAGGGAGAGAGGAAAGUGGAAACAAACCACCACCUACGACUAUGGGGAUAUCUGCCAUAUGGAUUGUGAUGAUGAUGAAUGGUGCGUGGGGGGUAGUUGUGGUCCAGUGGUUAUUGCACUGCACAAAUCACGGUGGCUAGGACAUGUUAAUUACCCUGCCCCGUAUACAGGACGGGAGGUCGUGGGUUCGAUCGCGACCCAGACGCCUGCUGUUUAUUUUGAGUUUGCAACAUCUCUCUCCCCGUGGUCACGUGGAUUUUCAUCCAAGUCGUCCUCUUUUCCCUUCCGCAUGAAGAAUCAACGUGACGCGUUUAGAAUAUUUUGCUGCCAUAAAAUUCCACGUGAUGAUGUUGACAGGAAUUCGUUGAGCUAUCGUUUCGGAUAGCCAUGUCGCUUCUGAAUAAGAGCUACUGUAUAGCUCAUUGGGCCUGUACUGGAAAGAUAACUCAAAUAUAUUUUUUUUAUCAUUUAUGAACCCAACUGCUCUGUCUGCUUCUUCCCUGGCACUGCUCCGCUUUGUAAUUCCCUGCCAUCGUGUCAAGUUUUUGUAACAACCCUUGCCCAAUUAAAGAAAGUUAUUGUCCAUUGACAGCCACGCAGAUGAAUGUGCAUGAUUGCCGUGGGGGGGUGUUUAGUCAACGAGACCAAAUUAAUCGGUCCUAUUCAUUAAGAUUACAAACAUUCAUCAAUGGUUCAUUUAAGUUACGGUCGGCUUAUUUUAACUUUGUUUUAUUAAUUUAUAAAUAGCAUCACGAUACAUAUCAUAAUUAUUUAAUCACGGGCCAAGCAAGAUGUAUUCACUUGCAUUAGAUCGCUGCCACUUCCAGAGCAGAUCACUUUGCCAGGCUCCCUCACUACCAGGCCGGGGAUGCCUGAUAUGGCCAUGGUCGCCAUUUAACAAAAAAAUGGCCGCGAGUUAUCAACUCCGAAAAGCAUUCGUAGAAGAUUACAAUUCUUAAUUCUAUAUUUAAAGCUUUCGUGACUGCUAGGAUCCAUACUCUUU